AUACAGAAUUAUUGGACUGCCGUCGAGUGUGUACCACGUGGAAAGCUAUCGUUGAAGACAUCAUGUAUCAGAAAGUAACAAUAGUUAUUAGGAAAAUUCCGGUUUCCUUAAUAGAAUCGACAUUGUUUUAUCCUCAGAAUAUGCAACGUUAUUUGCAAUUAACAGAACGUUUUCAAUGUAUUUGGUUUGUUUUGGAAAACCAUCCGAUCCCUAAAUGUUUACGUUGUCCUUAUUGUUUAAAAGAACCAAUUAAAAGUCGUAUAGUGUGGGAGCUCAGCAGACAGAGUUGCGCUACGAUAAUGGACGAUUAGAAGUGAAUUGAUUAGUUACAUUUGUUUGGCAUGCACAAAUCAAAAUGGCGACGACAGAAAAUGAAAACGGUGAAUUAGACUGGAAUGUCGACAUGGAAGUACAGUUUUUUCAUGCUAUGAAAGGACACAAACCAGUCGGAGUAAACAGAUAUUUUCAAAUGGCAUGUAUUCAUGAAAAAUUUAGUAAUUCUAUAAAUAAAGAGAUAUCUUCUAAGCAAAUAUGGUCUCAUCUGGAUGGGAUGUACGACAUGGCAGCUUUGCAUGAAUCAGAAAUAAUUCCUUUUCCAAAUAAUGAAUUGGAAUUUUUUUUGCCUGAUUCUGAUUAUGGAAGUCUGAAGUCUUUAAAAUUUGCAGACGAUAUGCCAGCAGUAAAAGAAAAUGAAAAGAUAUCAAAAUCCGAUAAAGGAACGGGAAAACAGAAGAGUGAUUCUAAAGGUGCAAGUGACACUUUAGGUAAUAAAGUGAAAGAUGUAUCUGGAGGAAAAAUGAGUCCCGGUAGCAGUGGAUCAAAUAAAUUGUUAAAAUUAGACAAUUUUGUGGGAUCACAAAAAAGUGGGAAAGAAGUAAACAAAUCUUCUGAGAAGAGUGGAAAAGACAGUAAAGCCAAUAAAGAUGUUUCAAAAGAAAGUGGAAUUUCAAAAAGUGCUAAAGAAAACUCUAGUAAAAACAAAUUGGAAACAGGAAAAGAAGUUAACAUAAUAUUAAAAAAUGCAAAAGAUAGUACUGGUAAACUAAAAGCAGACAGUAACUUCAGUGCAUCAAAAAAUACAAAAGAUACAAUUGGUAAAACCAAAUCAAAUGACAAUUCAAAAGAAGCAAAUGUGAAGAAUGCAAAAGAAACUGUAAAUAAGAUUUUUAAAUCCGAAGGAUCCAAAAACAAAGGAGAUGCACUAAAUCGAGGGAAGGACGGAAUAUAUACAGAUGACUUGAGUAUUAUUUCAACUUUAAAACCUGCAAAAGUACAAGUUUUGGUGAAAGACGAAGUGAUAGAAAACUCCCCCAAAAGAAAACGAAGUGGAAGACCACUAAAGGAGGACUCUUCAAAACCAUCGAGUCCGGCAACUCCCGGUCCAAAGAGAAGAAGAACAUGACAAAUUAACUAACUGCUUUUGAACAAAGAAUGAAUUUCCAUAUGAAGUGGAUAGAAGAAAUGCAUUUUUAUUUAGAACAGACCCAAAUGAUGACGAAUAAAAACAUCGAGAAUGGGAAGAAUGCAAUUUUUUCACGUCAUCUAGCCGUAGUUCAACACAUGUAAAAUGUUUCGUCAUUUGUACACUUUGUGAAUCCAUAUAGAUACCCAUACGAGCGUAUUUGAUUGUAUUUAUCAACUAAAUCGAGAAUAAUUUUAAUGUAAUUUUAUAUGUCUCUCAUGUAAUGAAAGUCACAGGAUUCAUUCUGUUGUACUGUAAAAAAAAAGUAACAACAUAUUGUUAUGUUAAUUAUGUACAUUGGGAUGAUAAAAAAAAAAUGCUUUUAGAAA